AUGAAGAUUGUCAAUCCCUCCAUCGAGACGGGUGUUCUACUAGAUCGAUCUAAAGAGGGUUCUUCCAAACGUUCGAGACGUUUAAAGAAGCCUGAGGAAACACCAAUUGCACCAACGAUUGAUGAAGCUCCAAAGGAAGUGGUUCCUUUGAAAAAUGGAGUGUUUAAGCAAAUCAAGAAGAUUGCUCAUAAGUCACGAAGUUCUUCUGACCGAUCUCCAAGUUUUUCUCCAUCCAUGCUUCGUAAGCCACAUGUUACAGGGAAAGGUGUAGUGAUUCGUGAAGUUCUAGUUCAUGUUUCCCUAUCAUCAAAGAAACGCAAAGCUGAAGAUAUGGCCAAACACAUUUCGAAGAAACAGAAAAAGAAACUUCGAAAGCUGGUGAUAAAUGAUGAAUCUACAGAAGAAGAAGUUGCUAAGGAUCCUCCAGUGACAACAUUUCAAGAUACCUCCAAUAUGGAAAUGCUUGUUCUAUCUUCGCAAAUAUCUCAACCAGAACCACUCAUUGUUUCUCUUCCCCUGGUGACAAAUGUCAAAACUUCACAACCUCAAGGUACUCCUAUCAUUGUUUCCUUCCUCUUCGAAACUUCCACCAUUGAUAUUUUAACCAAAUUACCUCCUUUUGUUACCACUUCUCUUGACACAAAUACACCCACUUUCGAUAAUAUUCUCAAUCAACCAAUUACUUCAUUAUUUUCUUCACAAUCUACCGAACCUCCGGUUAAUCAUGAAGAAGCUCAUCCUUCAUUUGAUGAUGAUGAGAAUGUUUUUAGUGGCACUUUUGGAGAUAUUCAAUUUGAUCCAGAAGAGGAGGAGAUUCCAGAAAAUAUGAUACUCACAGGAAAACAAUUCAAAAUCAUGAAUCAGAAGCUUAAUUUGUUAUUACAAAUUCAACCCGAUGGAGGAGGGAAACAUUCGGUGUCCAUUCUGGAAGUUGAUCUUUUGCUCAAAAAGAAAGAAGAUGCAGUUACAUAA